GCGGCAAAGUCACACUUUAGUUAGUCAGAAGGUCUUGGGGUCUGGUGGCUGUUAAGUCUGUGACUGCAUGGCGCAGGAGAAGACAACUGGAGCCUACUUUAUGGGAUGCAUGAAAAUGGAUUAAAAUUACUGGGUUGGACUCCUCAUGUACCUUCCCCUGCCCUGGCCAGUGAUAGUUGGGGUUAUAUGUUCCAUUUUGGGCCCUGGACACAGGAAGGCAAAGCUGAAGGUCUUGAUGCCCAGAAAAGCCACCACAGAACACAGGGAGCACCCCAAGGGCUAAGCAAUGGAUGCAAGUGGACAGGCGAUUGAGAUGGCGGCUCUAGGCCGCCCGUUCCAGUUGGGGAUGCUCUACGACUGCCGAAGCGACAUCCUCCUCCCAGGCAUCACUUUGUGGGAUCGAGAGACUCUGAGUGACAACACUGAUGCCCAGCCGCAGCCCAACACCGCGACAGAAGUCAUUGAGUUUGACACGAUCUCUAACAAGGCCUUUGCUCUGAACGUCUCAGGAUCUCUCAAGGCUAGUUUCCUGGGGGGGCUGGUCAAGGUGGACGGAUCAGCCAAAUUCCUUUGGGACACCCAGAAGUCGACAUGCCAGGCCCGCGUAACCCUCAAGUGCUCUGCCACCACGCACUUCAAGCAGCUGACCAUGUGCCAACUUGGGCAGCAACAUAUCACUUUCCCGGGGGCCUUUAGCCAAGGCCAAGCCACCCAUGUGGUCAUAAGGAUUCUGUAUGGAGCCCAUGCCUUUUUUGUGUUUGAUCAAAUGUCUUCUUCCUCUGACAGCAUUCAAGAUAUUCACGCCAGGCUCCACAUCAUGGUAACAAAGAUACCCCUGUUUUGCCUAGGCAGGGAAAGGGAAGGAGGACUCAAGUUGGAAGGGAAGGAAAAGGCAAUUGUUGAAAAGUUGAGCUGUACUUUCUAUGGGGAUUUUGCACUAGAGAGCAAUCCCACAACUUAUGAAGAAGCCUUGAAAAUAUAUUCCAGCCUCCCCAAAAUGUUGGGCGACAAGGGAGAGAAGGCAGUGCCUGUGAAGGUCUGGCUUUAUCCACUGAGUAGGCUGGACUCUACAGCUGCAAGACUGGUGCGUCAGAUCAGCUCUAAAUUGAUCUCUGAUGCUGAGAAAGUUCUGGAGAACUUGGGGGAAGUUGACAGGAGAUGCAACGACCUUCUGCAGGAUCCCACUACUACAGUUUUCCCAGAAAUCCUGAAGAAAAUCCUGCAGUUCAAAGAUCUGUGCCAGCAAUACAGGCAGGUGUUCUGGAAACAGGUGGGAAAGGUCUUGCCUUUUAUCCGUGGAGGAAGAGCAGAGGAAUCUGCCUUGGUGGACAUUCUGAGGAGGAACGAGCAGUCGGCAUUCAGGAGCCAGCGACUCAAUGAAUUCCUGGAUUUGAAAUUUCGAGAGGUCUAUUUCGUGAAAUUCUUCCUUGACUUGUCAAAAGGAAAGGUUUCCUCCCAGGAUGACUUGGCUAAAAGGGUGCUGGAUCCCAAAAUUGAUACUGUAGUUGCAUUUACAUUCACCUCGUUGCAAGUGAAGGAGGUGUACCUGGAAAAGUUAAAUGCUACCUUGGAUCAAGUCUCUGAACGCAAACCAAAGGCUUCCCCAGAAGACAACAAGAAAUCCACUCCAUGGUUUGAGGACAAAGAUAUAUUAGAAAGAGCCCAGAAUGCAGCCAUGGUGUUUGCUGCCUUUUCUCUUGAUUCUCAGCCUGGGGAGAUUCGGUUUGUGGUGACCUCGCGUCCUGACGAGAGCAAUCCAGGCGCUGCGAUCUUCUGGUACCAAAGUGGAUCUUUGGAAGGGACUAAAUUAGAACUUCUCUCUAAGCCUCUCCCCCCGCAGGUUGAUGCUAUCUCCUACAACAGGUUUCAGCUGACAUUUAAGCCAGCAGAGUCUGAGAAAGGAGCUGUGUCAGUUGCACAAGCAUCAUGGGAUCCAGGGGGCUGUUUCAAAAUCUUUACAGAAAAAAUGGGUCUUGAAGAAAGCAAGAGAGGAGACCUCCUCCCACGGAUGUUCCGGAAGGCGGCUCCAAGCCUCGGGCACAGCUGAGGAGGAAGAGCCGAGACCCUGGAGGGAGCGCAGGAGACCUUGUGGUGGUGGAGGAUGGUGGAACGGGGGGGCAAAGGUCACAGGCUGGGAUGAACUGGGGAAGUAAGGAAACGGGAGGGUGGGGAGAAAGGUGAGUGAAGGGAAGGGCAAGGAACAACUGCUGGAUCUGGGGGCAUCCAAGAAGGCAGUUCGGGGUGUCAGUCAUGUAACCAGAGCAAUAGUGGCCAGUGGCCCCUGGACUGGGAGAGGGGAUGUAGCCAAGCGGGUCACGGAGGCGUAGCCAAGGAGGUGGCUGAACAAUCACUCUCAUGAGUCACAGUCAGAAGGACCAAUGCUCAGGAGUGAUGGGAGCUGUAAAUCAGCAACAUCUGGAGGGUCACAGGUUAGCCGCCAAAGGAUGGACAUAUCGUAAGUUUCAGCGGAAAAAAUUAGUGCAUACUAAUAUUUCUCACUGAAACCUGUGGAUUUUAAAAGUGCUUAAAUUAUGACAGUGUUGUGUCCUAUUAUUUAUUUUAUUUAUUUAAAACAUACUAAUGUGAUAAGUUACGCUGUGAGAGUCGUUAUGGUGGAGAGGGACUGGGUUCUACUCUCUGUUCCGCCAUGAGGCUGAUGAGCUGAUCUUCGGUCCAUCAUUACCUCUCCACUUAGGGCUUAUCCACCUGGGAGCAUUACAAAAGAUGCUGUUUUUGUCGGUGUGUGCGUAUAGAGAUCAUACAAGUAAGAAAUUCUAGGGUCGCAUAGAUCAGUAAAUAAGCCAGGCCAGGCAAGUUUCUUGUAAGAGUCUUUACUGACAAAACACUAAACACAGUUCUCUCACUCCAAACGACUUUCCCCCACACCAGAGCUUCUGCAAGUUCCUUCUUAUCUACUUGCCAACCAGCUGCUGACCUUGACAAACCUGGCGCUCUGUUCUGCUCUGCUUAACCCGUUUAUUGCAGGUUUCCUUCUCUCACUGAAAACCCUGUCUGUGAGUCUCAUAACUCGCUUUACUGAACAACAGUUUUUACCUCCGUUUUCUAUUUGCACCGUCCACAGUAAAGGCUCAAUGCCAGCUGCAAACACGGUGUUUUCUAUUCAUACUGAGGGGAAGGAGCAAUCAUACAGUUUCUAAUGACCACACCUUCUAAUUUAACAUUUCCACUCCCCCUGGUUACCUGGCAACCGAGCAAGCUCAGUUUGUUCUACCAGUAGGGUUCAUUUAAAAAACAACAACCCAGAAGUGCAAUUAUUUGUAUUUUCACUGGUACGAUACAGCUGAAAUACAAAUCUUUGUUUGAGCAGUGUUAUGCUUUUGCACACAAGUUAGGGGCAAUGUAAAAAAGGCUUGCAGAACUGGAGAGAGCAGCCAGAAGUUGCUCUUUAGCCCACAAGAAAUGAAAUGAAAGAAGGAAGGAGGAGGGAGUGGGCGUGGAGAGGGGAACAAUUGACACUCACCUCAAAGCAUUGGAGCAAAGCAUCUGCAAGCACUAGAGAAAUGGAGUGGAGACGUUUUUCUUUCCCUUUUUGUAAUCAGAGGAUUGGGUUAGUACAGAUUUGCAGGAGGAAAACUGUGUGAGAGCUUCUGUUUGCUGGUAAUGUCAUGUGAACCAUUUGAAUUAAAAGGGAAUGUGAGUAGCACCGAACACACACUAAACCUACUUCAAAGCCUACUUCAAAGGGUUGGUUUUGUUGCUUCUCCUGUUGUGAAAUACUAUCUAAAGCUCCUUAAAACAAAAGUGGGAUUUAACACAGUCAGAGCCACUGAGCAUUUUCAAAAUGCAACGUUUUCAUUACUGUUGACUAACCCCAUUCAGGCCCUGCAUAACUCCUUCUAAGAAUUAAAUUUAUUUUUAUGUUCUUGCAGGAAGAACAGAAAAUACUCUUCCAACAGACAGCUGAAAGUGUGCAGAGGGGAAGAUGCAUGGAUCAAAGAAUUGUAGCCUUUCUUUAAAAUUCAGCCCUGAUUUCCCCCAACUCCCUUCCAGCAACUUUUCACAAUUAAAGCUGCAAUCCUAACCCCACUUAUCUGGGAGUAAGCCCCAUUGAAUUACCCCCACUGAACUUAUUUCUGAGUCAACAUGUUUAGGCUUGCAUGUAAAAAUACCACCACUCUUCAUCACAACCAGAGAUCACACCCCUUCCUUUCUCCACCCUGCAUAUAAAUAUUGUUUUUCUUCAAAUAACAGAAGCCCAGCAGGGUUUCAGGGAAGACAACAGCAACACCGACAUGAUGUGCACAGCCACAAUUUCCCUUCUAUCCCACAGGAAAAAACCUGCCUGGGCUAGUAGUUAGCACCCCCACUGAGUCCACCAUGGCCACCUCACCCUCCCAACUCCAAUCCCAACUCCAGGAAUGUCUAAAAAGUCAUGAUGACGACACACACCCUGACAUCUGGGGCUCAGUCCACAGUCUCCCCCCCCUCUGGUGACGGUUCUCAAAAAUCAACAGGCCAGGUGCCAUUGCAACCCCACAGGUGGCCCUGGCCGCAGCCAAAUGGCUGCCUGGCUCACUCUGAGAACUUGCUACCCAGGAAAGAAGCAACACUGCACAUGCUCACAGCCUACACUGUGAUUGGCUGUGGGCAGCCACAACUCUGCCCCACCUCCUCUGCCAGCGUUAAUGUGCUGAGCUCCUCUGUGUAAAGUUCUCCUAACUGGGAAAAGAUGGGGAGGAGGUGCGGGAAGGCCAACUGCCAAUUCUGAGGGUCCAGAUGCCACGUUAUUAAAAUGACCCCUGUCUCUAGGGAAGAAACAAAGUAAACACACAAGCACAUUAUCUAUCUGUCUGUCUCUGUCUGUCUGUCUAUCUAUCUAUCUAUCUAUCUAUCUAUCUAUCUAUCUAUCUAUCUAUCUAUCUAUCUAUCUAUCUAUCUAUCUAUCUAUCUGUCUGUCUGUCUGUCUGUCUGUCUAUCUAUCUAUCUAUCUAUCAUUGGUUUUUUUAAAUGGGUUGCCGGUACUCAUAUAUUGAUAAAAGUGCUGUGGGCUCUGGGCAGCAAAAAAAGAGAAAUGACAUUACUCCGUACUGCUGAGAAGUGUCGCAAAUAAAAGCCAUAUAUAUGGGGUGAUGGCCUGUUAUUGGGCAGGAGUUCAAAAGAGCAGAUUGGCUGACUUGAGAAUCUGAUGCACAGAAACAUGUUGGAGAGUGCAGUUUCCAAGUUCUGCCACUGAAAAUUGAAGGAUUUAAGUAGCGAGGUGGACAAUUCUGGCAGGCGUGUGCUGUUCCAUAUGUGGCUUUGUGUUGUCUACACUGACUGGAUGGGGGUGAUCUCCAGGGCUUCAGUCAAGGGUCUUUCUCAGCCCUGCCUGGAGUUGAGAGAGAGAGAUUUGGUUGUCACCUGCCAACAGAUGUCCCUAGAAGCCAUGGGAUUUGGUGAGGUCACCCAGGGACAGUGAGCUGGGAGGAAAGCCGAAGGCUGAGAAGAGGAUCCCAACAGACAGACGGAAAGCAGAAGAAGAAUUUCCACCUGUGGAAACACUGAAGGGACAAUAAGACAGGGAGGAAGAGGACUAGCCUAGCCCGGAAUCAUAUAGAGACUGCUGUGAAAAGACCAAGUUACCAACUUAUCUAUCUGUCUGUUGACGUUCUUCUCUAUGUGUCCUUCUGUCCUGCUCUGUCUACUCUCCAGCCUUUUAAAAACGUAUGUUUUUUCUAUGCUAAGAAAUAAGAUGGUUGUUGUUUCAUAUAUAUGGAAGAAGACGGUACUCCUAAAUCAGAUCUUUAAAUGAUAAGAACAUAAGAGCAUAAGAACAUAAGAAGAGCCUGCUGGAUCAGGCCAGUGGCCCAUCUAGUCCAGCAUCCUGUUCUCACAGUGGCCAACCAGGUGCCUGGGGGAAGCCCGCAAGCAGGACCCGAGUGCAAGAACACUCUCCCCUCCUGAGGCUUCCAGCAACUGGUUUUCAGAAGCAUGCUGCCUCUGACUAGGGUGGCACAGCACAGCCAUCACGGCUAGUAGCCAUUGAUAGCCCUGUCCUCCAUGAAUUUGUCUAAUCUUCUUUUAAAGCCAUCCAAGCUGGUGGCCAUUACUGCAUCUUGUGGGAGCAAAUUCCAUAGUUUAACUAUGCGCUGAGUAAAGAAGUACUUCCUUUUGUCUGUCCUGAAUCUUCCAACAGCCAGCUUCUUGGAAUGUCCACGAGUUCUAGUAUUAUGAGAUACUACAGGAUGACAUGCUACAGGACAUUAGCAGCAAUGCAAUAAUUGUACUCAAAGAAUUGCUGACUGAGAAAGCACUGAGUGUAAACUGCAUGGUGCACACAGCACACAACCUGCUUGGCUUUCUCACCAUGCCGAGGAACAUAAACAUAUAACAUAACUCAGGCCAUGCACACACCAUCCAUUUAUAGCACAUUUCUCCCCCCCCCGAAUCCUGGGAACUGUAGUUUGCCCCUCACAGAGCUACAAUUCGCAGCACCCAUAACAAACUACAUUUUCCAGAUUAUUUUUGGGGGGGGGUAUGUGCUUUAAAUGUGUGGUGUGUGUACUGCCUUCAAGUCGAUUCCGACUUAUAGCUAUCCUCUGAAUAGGGUUUUCAUGAGGCUGAGAGGCAGUGACCGGUCCAAGGUCACCCAGUGAGCUUCGUGGCUGUGUGGGGAUUCGAACCAUGGUCUCCCAAGUCGUAGUCCAACACCUUAAUCUUGUUUUGGUACAUCCCCCUGGGUUACUGUCUGUGAGAGGGACACUAUGGAUACGAAUACUGCUGUUGCACAGGCUGUCUACUCAUUAGACUUGGGAAGAGAAAUCCAAUUCAUUUUAUUCUUUUAUUUGGAAUAAAUGCAUCUUCAGCUUCAAACUCUUUUUGAUAA